AUGGAGUUUAUGUGCUUUGAGGGCGCUCUUUGCCAUCAUAAGAAAUUGUUCAUUAUCGUUUACUUCAUUGUCCGUCGCUACGACCUGCCUUUGAGGCGGGGCUGCGUUAGUUCGAACGGGAAAAGAGUUUUCAAGGAGAACCGUUCGCUCGACGGCGCGGCAAUGUCUCCGCAGUUUAAUCCGCCAUCGGAUAGAUCAUAUCCAGCAGUCGCACGCGCGCCUGACUCACCGUACGCCGACACAUGUAAGACGGUAAGCCACACACGGUGCCUGUGGACGGGCGGCGGUGAGUCGAUAAAUAGUCUAGUUUACGGCGACCAGCUUUAUUUGCUCGCAGCCAUAGUUCCUCGGCUUUUAUGCGUAUGCGCGCUUAUUGAUUUGCGCGCUCGUGACACGACAAUUACACGAGGAAUUGUUUAUAAUAAUUGCUAUUGUGCCCCAACAACCCACAUCGCCCCGAAGCAGCCAGCGCUCCGUGAACGAGCGACCUAUUUGCUAUCGUUCGCCCAGUCCCGACCGACUUCGCGGAACAAUACGACGCACUUAUAUCCAACGGUCUCCGUUUACAACAAGCCGACCGAG